UUAGUACAAUUUUAUUUGUAUACAAUGAUACCUGUAGCUACGUACGUGUUCGUAGAUUUAGAAACUACUGGUUUACCAGUGGAGGAAACUAAUCGUACAAAAAUUACGGAACUGAGCAUGGUCGCUGUGAAACGAGAACAUUUGCUAAGAACACUCGCUGGCGCCGCGCCUAGAGUUCAAAACAAACUUACGCUUUGUUUCAAUCCUUGUAAAAUGGUACAUCCUGGUAGUACAGCGACAACAGGUCUUUGUAACGACCUUCUUGAACAUGAAACAAAGUUCGAUAUGAAUGCCUUUACUACAAUUAAUUCUUUCCUCAAUAUUCUAACUAAACCAGUGUGUUUGAUCGCUCAAAAUGGACAUAAUUUUGAUUUUCCGAUAAUUAAAAAUCAUUUAGAGAAAUUAUCAGUACAAUUUAAAGAGGAUCUUUUAUGUGCUGAUUGCUUGCAUGCAUUUUAUGACAUCUUAGAAAAAUUGAAAAGUACCCACAAUCUAGAACACAAAAAUUCAGAUGUAAUCAAAGACAUAACAGUUCCACAAUUGAAUGAGAAAAUCUGUGGUGUUGACGAUCAAUUUUCCAUGCAAAAUUACAAUGAAACAACACCAAAACAACAGAUAAUUAAAAACAAAACGGAAAAAGAGAUUGAUAUAAAUCUAGCCAUCACUAACAAUCAAAUUUCCAUGAAAAAUAUCAACGAAACAACACCAAAGCAACAACGAAUUAGAACCGAUCAAACACCAAGAAAAUUUGAAAGGAAAAACCUAUCAAAAGUACGUAGAAGGUUUCCAUGGAGUGGUGCAAAGCCUAAAGAUAGUUAUAAAUUGAAGAAUAUUUAUGAGAGAGUGUUAAAUCGAGCAGGCAUUGAAGCUCAUCGUGCGGAAAAUGAUUGUAUAAUGGCCUUAGAAAUAUCUGCCGCACUUAACAAGGAUUUCGUGAAGUGGGUAGAUGAAAAUCAUUGUUUAUUUGCUGAUGUUAAACCUAUGACCAUUGGUGUCCCUUUAGGGGAGUAGGAAAUGACAUUGUUUAUUUUUUUUAUUAGUUAAUGUAUUUUUAAGAAAUUUUUAUAACUGCCUUUAAGAGAUUGGUUUACAAUUUUAAUAGACAUUAGAUUUUAUAAAGACAUAAAUAAAAUAAAACUAAAUGUUUUAGUAAAUAUUUGACAGUUUAUAAGGGGGGUUCAGACAUCAAAAAGACCAAAUAUCUAUUUAUUUUAGGUUUUAAGUGAUCUCAAAAUAUGUACUUUUAUUAAUGCUUGAGUUGGAAAUUUUGCAAUUGGUAUUAGCCUAUUUUUUAAUAACUUACAACAUUUCCUUAUGUAUAUUUUGACAAGUGAUUUUAUUGUUAAGGUUUUUUCAUUUUUUAGAUAUGUUUUUAAAUAUCAAAGUAAUUUAAUGUAAAAUUAAAGAAUUAUGAUAUCACUUAUUGAAAUUACAAAUGUACGAGUAUAUGUUAACAAUAUGGUCUUAUUACAAUUAAUAUAUAGGAUAUUCUAUCUAUACUAACUAUACUUCUUCUAUACUUUAUUAUUAUAAUAAAG